UAAAGGGGCGCAGCAAAAACUUCGCAUUUUCAGACAUGUCCGCCCAGUUGAAAAUCGUCUUACUGCUCCUACCAGCGAGCUUGGCAUUUUUCUCCGCGAGAAGAAUUGGCGAUGUUUCACACGAUCUUAAGCUUCGCGUCGACGCCGAACACCCCGAAUGCGUCGCCCGGUCUGGUGUGGACCCGAGCGUUGCGGAUAAGUAUUGGGAUAUUCUCGUGUAUCCCGAAGGGAGGCCGUUCAAGUGCUACCUCGAGUGUUUGUAUAAGGCUUUUAAUAUCGUGAGGGAGGAUGGCAGCCUGAAUGAAGAGUUCCUAAUUGAAACUAUUGAAACUGUGACAAAAGAAGGUGUUAAUGCGUGCCGUGAGGAAAUCAAAGUCGGAGCAGAUGGAUGCGAAAGAGCUUUCAAUUUUGACAGUUGCAUGGUGGCAUUUUACAUGUGAUUUCAUUUUGUAUAAAUAAAAUUAAUGUAGGAUGCA